GGUGUCAAGUGCGCUGAUAGUUUGGUUACAAAGUCACUUGACAAUAUUGUUGGAAAUUUGUGGCAACAGAGACAGGAAUCAUCGGGAUCCAGUGCGGGCAAUCAGAGUCCAAGAAACGACGAUUUAUCCGAGGCUGAUCCCGGGAGCCCAGCACGACUUUCAGUUCGAGACUCGGCCACUCCCGAACAAGAUUACAGCGGCAAAAGUGAUUCCGGGGGCGGGGGCGGAGGAGUGCGGGUUAAGGAUCCCCGAGACCUUAUUAAGGACGAAAGCAAAGACGAGAAAGACCCCCGGAGCUUCUUAGCCCAACUCCCUCACAUGGUCGGAUUGGAGGCGCUUCAAAAGCAACAUCGCGAUUUCUUGAGCAGUCCAUCUUUCCUGCAAGGCAUUCGAAACCCUGGCGGCCUUUUCCCGCCCAUUCCUCACACUGUGGCCGGGACAAUGCCCCCGGGUAUGCCACCCAAUCUCAUGUUCCCGGCCUCCAUGAACCGGCCACCCUCCCAACCGCCCACGCCUUCGUCCCAAAGGAGUGCGAGCCCACCCACUCAUCAGCCGGCCCAAACAUUUGGAGGCUCACAACAGAACUGGAGCUUUGAGGAACAAUUUAAACAGCUUUAUGAAAUCGACGACAAUCCCAAGCGAAAAGAAUUCCUCGACGAGUUGUUCACCUUUAUGCAGAAACGAGGCACGCCCAUCAAUCGACUGCCCAUCAUGGCGAAACAGGUCCUUGAUCUUUAUGAACUGUUCAACCUAGUCAUCGCUCGGGGCGGUCUUGUGGAAGUCAUCAACAAGAAGCUCUGGCAAGAGAUCAUCAAAGGACUAGGAUUGCCGUCCUCGAUCACCUCUGCAGCUUUUACCCUCCGAACACAGUACACCAAAUAUCUGUAUCCCUUGGAGUGCACCAAGAAGAACUUCUCCCACCCCACGGACCUCCAAGCGGCCAUCGAAGGGAACAAACGGGAAGGCCGUCGAGGUUCGUAUGGGGCCUACUCGGACCUCAUUCCAUCCUCUACGGGUCACCUCUCCCCGAUCUCACCCAUGUCAGCUCUGGUCAGUGGACACCACCACUCCCUACCCCGUCAACAGUUCAACACCAAUGGAGGACCACAUCUCGGAGGCAUGGACUCUCGAAGCCCGCCCAUUCUGCACAAUGGCCAUCACAAUAGUAAGAGUGCCUCCGACUCCAUAGCUUUGGAAAUGACCCGUCUGGCAUUGUUUAAGAUGUACAAUGGCGGAGGCCAAUUGCCAGUGUCGCUUCCGAAUUUGCCUCAAUUCGCUCCAGACAUGUUCAGCUCGCCGGAAAAGGCCCUGGUCGAGCGACAAAGGGUGUUCGAAGAGGCCGUCCGAAGGGAGGAACUCAGGGCACGGGAGGAGGAUCGCCUGAGAACCGAGGAAGACAAGGAGAACGCCGAGUCCGAUCGAUCAUCUCGCGAUCGAUCUCGAGUUCGAGGUCGGGAGGUCAUGGAGCGAUGUCAGGAGGAGGAACAAGACCAAGUCUCGUCAUCACCCCCACCCAGCAAGAAGGCCAACAUCAACGUGGACGAAAUCGAGGACGACCCGGAGGAGUCCGAAGAAAAUCUCGUCAUUGCCGAGAAGAAAUCUCGCCAUCAGUCGAAUACCUGUGAGGAAUCGCGAGAGCGAUCCCCAGCCCCACUCGAGUCCUUGUCCACGCCCAAUCUGACACUUCCUGGAGCCAACAUCAAAAUCACAAAUCGAGGCGACUCCGCGACUGGUGACUCUUCGCUUGUUGUCAGCUUGGAGAUCAAUGGAGUCAGCUACCAAGGCGUCCUGUUUGCUCAGAUCAAGCAAAAGGAUCACAACAAUCAUCACACCAACCACAGUAGCCCUCAUCGACACUCGAGUAAGGAUCGAAAUCACAGCAGCCACAGCGGAAAAUCGUCGGGAAUCUCAGACGAAUCCGAUGACCACUCCAAUGGGACUGGAGGUGCUUUAGCUGCCUCUGCUGUUGCUGCUGCGGCUGCCAUAGCUGCUACUCAUCCUCACCAUCCUGCCGUUCCUCAACAUCAUCUGCAUCAUACCCACCGUCAUCAUCAUUCGUCCUCAUCACCAACGCACUGAGAUGUGGUCUGUUCGCUCGCGAAUAAUCAGAUGAUAGUUUUGCCAUAGUGAAGACUGCUCAUGUGGAAGCAGAUACUGAAGCUGAUUUAGUGCGAUCUCUCGAGAAUAGUGUAGUCGUAAAUAAUUAUAUUCCUAUUGAUCAAAAUGUUGUCAAUAGCACAACUACUAGGCCUUUAGAACUUCAUUGAUAUUGUUAUAACACUACUGCGACUAUUCCUAUUAAUUGUUAUCCUUCUUAUUACGAUGAUGAUAAUGAUUAUUGUACUAGUGAUCUGGAGAGCCUUUUUGUCAGGAUGGAUGGUCUGCCUGUCUAAAUCACUUGAUUACCGUGCCAAAAAAAGAUAGUUUGCCCAGUUUGUGCUCUGGACCGAACAUUGUUACCACACACAUGACGAUCGGACCUCUAGUUGCUCACUUCGAGCAUUGCUUGAGCAUUUCAAGUAUGUGGCGGGCGGCAUCCGGUUCCUGUGAUAAUAAUGUUCGGACUUGGGUUGAUUUGCUCAUUGGGGCACCCUGUGGGACGCCAAAUGAUUCGCCUUGUAAAACCCUAUGAAAGGAGAGCGUCACGCUCAGAAUGGAUCUGUUUCAACUAUCAGAUCGACGAUGUACCAAAGUUAGUAAAACUGUACAAUUCUGCAACCUAACACAGAAGCCAAGAGACGAGAUUGCAGACUGCAGUAUUAAUUAUUUAGACCCCCACCUCUCUUUUCCCUCCAUGUGAAGUGACCAGUCCUUUAGGGUGGAGGAAUCCACGACAACCCCGAUGGAGGAAUGAAUAUUCGCAUUUUUUUGCUUCUAUCCAUAAAUCGUAAGUUUGACAUCUCAUAGAUCAACAACAACAACAAUACAUUCAUUUAAACCAACAAACAUUCUAUACUUCUAAUACUACAACUAUUACCACUUCUACCAGCCCCGCCACUUCCUUUCUGCAACUCCUACUACUACUUCUACAUGCUUGUGCUACUUGCUGAGAUUUUCUUUUUCUUUGAUUGUUAUUCUAUUGAUCGUGUCUUUCUCUCUCCGUGCAAACAAACUCCUACUAUCAUGUAUGUACGUACAUAUGUCUUCAUUCAUGUGAGGUCAGUACCCGUUCUUUGUGUAUAUAGACCAUCGAUUUCCUUUUGUUGGCGGAGAAUGAUUUUCAUGUAGAAAUGCUAUUGAAUGAUGAUCAUAAAUAAAGUGUUUCCAAUCGAAAAAAA